CGGAAGCUAUAAACCGGAAGCCGGGAGCCGGGAACCGGGAGCCGGGAGCCGGGAGCCAGCAGUAGCGGAUCAACUCAGUUCUGUGGCAGUUGAGUAGCCUUCGAUUCCGGGUUAUUUUUGUCCCUCUGCGCUUGCACUUGCCACAACUUCACUCCUCACUGAUUCCAGCCCUGGUACUCGCUGUCCUCCUCUCACCGGAAGGUCGUGGCCUGUGGCCCUGCAGCCAACCGUGUGGAGUUAACUCCAGCGCCCUCCACUACCCCAUGGCCUCGCUCUACGUGGGAGGCCUCCACCCCGAGGUGACUGAGGCAAUGCUCUACGAGAAGUUCAGCCCCGCAGGGCCCAUCCUCUCCAUCCAGGUCUGCAGGGACAUGAUCACUUGCCACUCCUUGGGCUACGCAUAUGUGAACUUCCAGCAGCCGGCGGACGCUGAGCGUGCUGUGAACAACAUGAAUUUUGGUGUUAUAAAGGGUAAGCCAGUACAUAUCCUGUGGUCUCAGCAUGAUCCAUCACUUCGAAAAAGUGGAGAGGGCUACAUAGUCAUUAAAAAUCUGGACAGAUCCAUUGAUAACAAAGCACUGUAUGAUACAUUUUCUGCUUUUGGUAACAUCCUUUCAUGUAAGGUGGUUUGUGAUGAAAAUGGUUCCAAGGGCUAUGGAUUUGUACACUUUGAGGCACAGGAAGCAGCUGAAAGAGCCAUUGAAAAAAUGAAUGGAAUCCUAGUAAAUGAUCGCAAAGUAUAUAUUGGAAGACUUAAGUCUCGUAAAGAAAGAGAAUCUGAACUUGGAGCUAUGGCAAAAGAGUUCACCAAUGUUUACAUCAAGAAUUUUGGAGAAGACAUGGAUGAUGAGCGCCUUAAGGAUCUCUUUGGCAAGUUUGGGCUUCCCUUAAGUGUGAAAGUAAUGACUGAUGAAAGUGGAAAAUCCAAAGGAUUUGGAUUUGUAAGCUUUGAAAGGCAUGAGGAUGCACAGAAAGCUGUGGAUGAGAUGAAUGGAAAGGACCUUGACGGAAAACAAAUUUACGUUGGUCGAGCUCAGAAAAAAGUGGAACGGCAGAUGGAACUGAAGUGCAAAUUUGAACAGAUGAAGCAAGAUAAGAUCACCAGAUACCACGGUGUUAAUCUUUAUGUGGAAAAUCUUGAUGAUGGUAUUGAUGAUGAACGUCUCCAGAAAGAGUUUUCUUCAUUUGGUACAAUCACUAGUGCAAAGGUUAUGAUGGAGAAUGGUCUCAGCAAAGGGGUUGGUUUUGUUUGUUUCUCCUCACCAGAAGAAGCCGCUAAAGCAGUUACAGAAAUGAACGGUAGAAUUGUGGCCACAAAGCCAUUGUAUGUAACUUUAGCUCAGCGCAAAGGAUUGCGCCAGGCUCACCUCACUAACCAGUAUAUGCAGAGAAUGGCAAGUGUACGAGCUGUGCCCAACCCUGUAAUCAACCCCUACCAGCCAGCACCACCUUCAGGUUACUGCAUGACAGCUAUCCCACAGACUCAGAACAGUGCUGCAUACUCUCUUCCUAGCCAAAUUGCUCAACUAAGACCAAGUCCACACUGGACUGCUCAGGGUGCCAGACUUCAUCCAUUCCAAAAUAUGCCAGGUGCUAUCGGCCCAGCUGCUUCUAGACCGCCAUUUAGUACUGUGAGACCAGCUUCUUCACAGGUUCCACGAGUCAUGUCAACACAGUAUAUUGUUAACACAUCAACACAAACAAUGGGUUCACAUCCUGCAGCUGAAGCUGCUGCAGCUGCUCCUGGAGUUUGCAAUCCUCAGCAACAUCUUCAUGCACAGCUACGGUUUACAAUGCAGCAGCCUGCUGUUGAUGUAAAGGUCAGGAACCUUUGAUUGCUUCCAUGUUGGCAUUUGCCCCUCCUCAAGAGCAAAAGCAAAUGUUAGGUGAAUGCCUGUUUCCUCUUAUUCAAGCCAUACACCCUGCUCUUGCUGGUAAAAUCACUGGCAUGUUGUCAGAGAUUGAUAUUCAGAACUUCUUUCUAUGUUCGAGUCUCCAGAGUUACUGUUCUAAGGUUGAUUAACCUCUAGCUGUGCUACGAGCCCACCAAGCUAAAGAGGCUGCCCAGAACGCAGUUAACAGUGCCACCGCUGUUACAACUGUCUAAAAUUGAUCAGGGACCACGAAAAGAAACUUGUGCUUCACUGAAGAAAAAUAUCUAAACAUUGAAAAAUAUAAAUAUUAUGGAAAAAAUUGCAAAUAAAUAAAGGAAAGGAAACUUUGAACCUUAUGUACCGAGUAUAUGUCAGGUCUAACAAACAUAAUGCUAGUCCUAGAUUACUUAUUGAUUUAAACACACACACAUACACACACACACAAACACACACAAGUGAAAUAUAAAAACAAAUUAAUGUUUUAUAGACCCGGGGAAAAGAAUUUUCAGUAAAGUACUCAGUAAAGUACAAAAAUUUAAAGCAUUCUUUCCUUUAAUUGUGUAAUUCUUUACUGUGGAAUAGCUCAAAAUGUCAUUUCUAUUUUAAGUAACAAUUGAUAAUUGAGCAAGGAAAUGUAAUUUGGAUUAUAAAAUUCUUGCUGUAAUAAAAAUUCCUUAAACAGUGAAAAAAUAAUAAAAAUACAAAAAUUAGCUGGAUGCAGUGCCGCACGCCUCUAAUCCCAGCUAUUCAGGAGACUGAGGCAAGAGAAUCACUUGAACCCAGGAGGCAGAGGUUGCAGUGAGCUGAGAUCAUGUCACUGUACUCCAGCCCGGGUGACAGAGCAAGACUCCAUCUCAAAAAAGAAGGAAAAAGAAAAUGCCAGAAGGGUAUUUGAGUGCUUAUGCUUUCUGCUUUGCAUUAAAUGAGGAACAUAAUAUCACCCUGAAAUUUCACUCCAUUUUUUUAACCAUGUGCAGAGGAUUUCGCUUUUAAAAUACAUGUGUUAAGGAACAGACAACAGAUUGUCCUUUAGGUGGGAAGCUGACGAGUAAAGCAGACUUUUUCCCCCCACUGUAUACGUUUGAUACUGCAUUAAUUUGCAUCAUAUGCAUGCAUCUUCUAAUUAAUUGUAAAGCCAACAAAACCUUCACUCAACUUAAGGAAUAACAAAAGUAAUACAAACAAUUAGCUGGGCUGGCGCAUGCCUGUAAUCCCAGCUACUCAGGAGGCUGAGGCAGGAGAAUUGCCUGAACCCAGGAGGCAGAGGUUGCGGUGAGCCGAGAUCGCACCAUUGCACCCCAGCCUAGGUAACAAGAGUGAAACUCCGUCUCAAAAAAAAAAAAGUAGUAGAGGGACCCUCUGACUUACAUAUGGCUAUUAUCUACCACAUAGAUUCUGUUAUCCCAAUAUACCUUGCACUAUAGCAAGGAAUGCAUGUGACCAUUUGUAACCAUUUCAGCAGUUACAAAAGAUGACAAAAAGGGGAGAAAGGAGGAAAGGAAGGAAGGGAAAGCGGGAAGAAUAGGAAAGGAAAAUAUAGGCUGGUAUAAUGAAGUUGGUGCCAGGCAUGGUGGCUCACACCUGUAAUCACAACACCUUGGGAGGUCACGGUGGGUGGAUCACUUGAUCCCAGGAAUUCUGAGACCAGCCUGGGCAACAUGGAGAAACCCCAUCUCGAUGAAAAAUACAAAAAAUAGCUGGGCAUAGUGGUGCACGCCUGCAGUCCCAGGUACUCAGGAGGCUGAGGUGGGAGGAUCACUUGAACCCAAGAGGUUAAGGCGGCAGUGAGUCGUGAUUGCGCCACCAUACUCCAGCCUUUUGAAACAGCGAGAGCUUGUCUCAAAAAUAGUGGCUCACACCUGUAAUCCCAGCACUUCAGGAGGCCGACGCAGGCAGAUCAUUUGAGGUCAGGAGUUCAAGGCCAGCCUGACCAACAUGGCAAAACCCUGUUUCUACUAAAAAUACAAAAAAUUAGCUGAGAGUGGUGUCACGCACCUGUAAUACCAGCUACUCAGGAGGCUGAGCCAGGAGAAUCACUUGAACCAGGGAGGUGAAGGUUGCAGUGAGCCAAGAUUGUGCCAUUGCACUCCAGCCUGGGCUACAGAGCAAAAGUCCAUCUCAAUAAUAAUAAUAAAAUAAAGUUAGUGAUUUGUGCUAAGCCAAUUUCUCUUUCGGGGAAAAAUAUCACAUUAGAAAACUAAAUAAAUAUUAUGAUUAAAAGGUAUGAAAUAGAAUUUUAGAAAAAGACAUGAAGUCAAGGGUAAAUUGCCAAUUGAUAACAAUAUUUUUAAAUAUUUUGUGGAGGGAAGUUCUAUGUCAUAAAGACUUAGAAAAAACAGAGAAGGAAAACAAGCCUAUCGCCUAUAUCUAUCUAAAUCUCUAGCCAUAUCUCUAUCAUCCAUCUACCUAUCUAUAUUUAUAUACCUAUGGCAGAUAGUAUGUCUAGAUUAAAUAUAUAGAUAGAUAAAAAUAUUCAUUUGAAGUCAUUCUAUACUAAACAUCACUUGAUAGUUUUGGUUACAAAGUAGAAAUACAGAAAUGGAAGUCUUUUAUUGUAUUAUGCCAUGGAAGGUGGAUGACUCAUAGCGCAAGUGCGGUCUGUGUCUGAAAGAGGGAGCAGUGAAAUCACAGAUAGCAUCAUUUCUCACUUUUUGCUUCUGAUAUUUCUCAAGAGCCAGAGAAUAGUAGGGAACUGGGAAAGGAGAGUAUCAGCAUUCAGAUGAACAGAUCUUUGGAGUGAGCGGUUGUCUCCUACACUGCAGCUUUAGAAGCACUGAGCAGAACACCCAGCCACCAACGCCCACCUGUAUUUUCUAAGUCCUUUCCUUUAACCUAAGAAUUAAAUACUUUUAAACAUUCAAUCAUUAUCAGGAUCAUAUCCUUGUUGCUAGAAGCUUUUCGUUCUUCUUCUUUUCCUUUUUUAAAUAGAGACAGGGUUUCACCAUGUUGGCAAGGCUGGUCUCACACUCGUGACUUCAGGUGAUUGACCUCCCAAAGUGCUGGGAUUACAGGUGUGAGCCACUGUGCCCUGUCGCUUUUCAUUCUUCUAAAAUGUGUUCAUUGUUUAAUGAAAAAUGGGUUCAUGUUCUUGACUUUGAUUGCUAAAUCAGAAACAUAAAAAGUAAGACGUGUUGACCAGGUGCAGUGGCUCACGCCUGCAAUCCCAGCACUUUGUAAGGCCAAGGCAGGAGGAUCACUUGAUGUCAGGAGUUCGAGACCAGCCUGGUCAACAUAGUGAAACUCCAUCUCUACUAAAAAUACUCAACUUAGCCGGGCAAUGUGGCAGGCACCUGUAAUCCUAGCUACUCAGAAGGCUGAGGCAGAAGAAUCUCUUGAACUCAGGAGGCAGAGUUUGCAGUGAGCCGAGAUCACACCACUGCACUCCAGUCUGGCAACAGAGUGAGACUCCAUCUUAAAUUAAAUAAAUAAAUAAAUAGAAAAAGUAGGAAGUGUUUGUCAAAAGAGCCAUGUUAAAAUUUCACAUAGCUUUAAUAACUUUAAAUUCUUCUUGAUAUGAAAAGACAAGUAUUAUUAC